AUGCUGGAGUUUGCAAUCAAAUAUCAGCAGGCUCUGGAUGCUGUGACAGACACACAAAAACUGGGAUUGGGCACGUAUGAGCUGGAUGAUGUUCUCAAGAUCCUCAAGCACACUACAUUGUUCUUUUCGUGUGGAACACCAAACCUUGCGAUGGUGAUUCCCGCGAUGGAUCACAUCAACACCGUCUUCACCAAUGGCAUCAUUAAGACACAAACACUUCACCCUGCUAUUCGUGCUGCCCUCCACGUUGCAAAGAUAACUCUCAAUAGGUACUACUCACUAACUGAUGAAUCUGAAACAUACUGGAUAGUGAUGAUCCUACACCCAUGCUACAAGCUAGACUACUUCACAUCCGCGAGAUGGCAGGACGACUGGAUUUCCACGGCCCGCAACAUUGUUCAACAAGUAUACGAGUGCUCGUACAAAUCUUGUUUGCCCACACCGGUUGCUGAGGAGGGGAGAGCAGGUACUGCAGGUGUGACAAACAAGGUGCAUCUCCUCAUUUUUUCGUUCUCGCUAUCAAUUCAUGUACAUUUGACAGGAUGA